GCUUACGUAAAUUUGUUUGUCCCGUCUAUAAUUAGAGGACGCGUCAUCAAGCUAACACUAAUGUGGGUAGCACGUGACCUGUGUGUACACAAUGCUUGUUUGUCCAGUCAGGAACAGAGAAGGUACAUUUUCUAUACACCAUGGACAUACUGGGAAUAGUGGACAUCAAUGGUUGGAUUUUACUGGUCGUUUUUCUACUGCUUGCUCUUUACCUACGUAUACGAUGGAAGUUCGGGCUUUGGCGUCGUCUUGGAGUUCCCGGGCCCGAUUACCUCCCCUACAUUGGGGCUUUGAAGGAGAUGAGCAAACUCGGAUUGAUGGAAUUCGACUUUCAUCUGAUCAAAACUUACGGAAGAGUUGUUGGCACCUAUCUGGGUAGCGCACCUUCCCUUUUGAUUGCAGAUCCCGAUAUUAUAAAAAAUGUUUGCGUAAAAGAUUUUUCCAAGGCACCGAACAGAUAUGAAUUUUCUGAGUCCCAAAGUGAAUUGCGAAAGGGCUUAAAUGCUUUGGAAGAUGACCAUUGGCGAUUUGUGAGAAACACACUUCUUCCGACAUUUUCAAGUGGGAAAAUGAGAAAGAUGAAUCCUCUUCUACAGCAAAAGUAUGAACUGCUAUUGCAGGGUUUGAAAAAGGAUGCAGAUGCCGGAAAAACCAUAGAAUUCAAAGAGGUGUUCGGUAGAUUCACCAUGGAUGUAAUAGCCUCGCUUGGAUUUGGGAUGGAAAUAGACUCACAGACAGACCCCAAUAAUGCGUUUGUUAGAUAUGCCAAAGAACUCUUCAACGUCAAUUUUUCGUUACUUUUAUUUCUCACAGUGAUCAUCCCGAAAUUUGAUGUACUAUUAAACUACUUCAAGAUAUCCCCAACUAAUAAUCGAAGAGUCAUGGAUUUCUUCAAAUCGGCGGUUCGUCAGGCCAUCGAGAUGCGAGAUGAAGGCGACCAGAAUAGGAAAGAUUUGCUACAACUAAUGCUGAAUGCACACAAGGACACGGACAAGAACGAGGUAGAGGAGAAACAGCGCUAUGAAGGAGAUCCGCAAAAAUGGAAAGACCGAAGUUUAACUGAAGAAGAAGUGACCGGAAACUCAAUAUUCUUUCUUAUUGCUGGCUUUGAUACAACGUCUACCACCAUGACAACCAUGGCGUACUCUCUAGCAACCAAUCCAGAAAUCCAGGAACGACUCGUUAACCAAAUAGAUUCAAUCAUCGGGAGGGACCUUCCUACAUAUGACAAUGUACAGAAAGUCGAUUAUCUAGACUGGGUUUUCAAUGAGACCCUGAGACUUUAUCCUCCAGCUGUAAGAACUAAUCGAAAAAGCAAGACGGAGAUCGACGUAGCUGGUUAUAAGAUUCCGAAGGACGUGGACCUUUCGUUCGCAAUUUAUGUGUUACAUAGAGACCCCGAAUACUGGACAGACCCCGAGAAAUUUGACCCAGAAAGGUUCUCUCCUGAGAACAAAGCUGGCCGUCAUCCAUAUGCCUACCUUCCGUUCGGUCACGGUCCUAGAAACUGUAUAGCACAACGUUUAGCCGCCAUGGAGGUUAAAUGUGCAUUUGUGUACAUACUUCAACAUUAUCGCUUUGCUACAUGCGAAGAAACUGAGAUUCCGAUGAAAUUUAAAAAAUCUGGUUUAUUGAAACCCCUAAAUGGAGUAAACUUAAAACUGGUGGAGAGAACUUCGAUCUGAUAUCUCAACAACAUAGUGUGAACACUUUUAUUGAUUAUAUUAUGUUUUAGUAACGCAAUUACAAGGUUUGUUUAUAAAUAUACUAAUUCGAAUGAUUUGCAGCGAAUUCAAUAAAUUAGAUGUUUUGUGUC